CUUGAAGGCUGUCACGCUCAGACAAAUCAAACAAAGAUUGAGCAAACUCUCAUAAAGGCUUUGUUUAAAAAUUACGACUCUGAAGGAAGACCAGUCUUGAACUUGUCGGAACCUGUUUUGGUGAAGUUUGGAAUAGCAUACAGUAAUCUUCACAGUUUGGUAAAUGUCUGCUUCUUCGUUCAACCUCACUCAAAUCCCGGUUUACAAUCACCAGCUAGAAAUCAGGAAGUUGUCAUGAGUAUUUAGGCAACCAGGCUAUCCUUUUCCAAAGUUUGCUUGUUUGCUAGUAUCAUGGUGUUUUACUUAUUUAUAGUUGUUUGUAACUUUGGUAGUAAAAAAGAGUACCAGCGGUGAGACGAUUAUGUGUAAAAAUGAUAAAAAUAUAUUCAGUGACCUAAACAUGUGUUGCAGUGGCACUAAUCUUGCUUUAUAAUUUAGAAUUGUCGUGUUUCACGUUCCACUAUUCGACUGCCCCAAAUUAAGAAGUCAGCGUUGUUGAGGCGUACCUAGAGAAAUUUUAAAACUCAAUGUACUAUUCGGAUGCUUGUUUUUCUUCCCCACCACUCCCCCCACCCUCUCUCCCCCCUCCUCUCUAGCGCCACCUUCCUUCCUUCUAUAUUUGCUUAAAUGCAGUCGAACUUUGACUGCGAUCUGAGAAGAGAAAUUGGCAAAAGUAACCCCACUGCUACUUAGCUUGAUACUUUACCAGUAUGUUGUAGAUUUACCAAAUACGUUGGAAGUUACCAAAAGAAUCCUUUUAAUAGAAACUAUGUAUUGGGUGUUUCCAUCAUGGCAAACCUUUAUUUUGGCGUUGUGGGUGGUUUAUUGAUUGUUUUGAGAAACAUAAAAACUGUAGACUUUUUGGCGACGUUUUUAAAAAACAAUCUUAGUCGGAAGAGAAGCAUUUUAACGAAAAGAAUCUCAUUAUCUUGGCAAAAUCUAUCCAGAUUACUAACCAAUCUCUGUAUAAAUUCUUGCCCAUGUUUCCACUUCAUGCUCAAUUAAAACUCAGAAAAAUAAAGCAAAAUGCCUGAGCUAUUUGACCACACCCAUCAAUCAUUAAAUUACACUUUGCGGCCGUGUUUCCUAGAUUUUUACCUGUUUUGGAAAGCCUAGCUAUGAGAGUUACGCCCUUUGAACUUUAGGCUUGUUCCAGACUCUUAAGUCAUUUAUUCGAAUCGUUAGAUUGAAAACCUUUCUAUUUCACCUGCAUAUAGGUUCAGCUGUUGCCUUAAAUGAAAACACUUUCGCCUUAACUAGUUGCAAAAAUAUAUUCAGCAAAGGCACGAAGAAGGUCCCUUUUUUGGACUAAAACAUAUUUUAUCAAAAAUAAUCAAAAGAGUGCUGUCAUUUACGUACACAAAAACAACAGCAAGAAUAAAUAGAAUGGCGGUAAUCAAUUUGUUUCGCCGAUGGGUGCCAGCCCUAAUUUAUGAUCAAUUUAGUCAUACUUUCCUUUUUUUUUUUUAAUUAAAUGUUGUUUCCUGGUUAUUGUUCUUACAAGCUUUACUGUGUGUUAUCUGCGUGACUUUCCUGUUUUUUAGGUUGAUCAAAUGAAUCUAAUUUAGUGAAGCCCUGGAAGGCAAUUUUUACUGCAAUAAAAUAAAAACAACUCUUCUUGAUAAAUUUGCUGUUCAAAGGCAGGGAAAGUUUAAAUUAACUAUAAAGAAUUAGCACCCCUACUCAAAGACGUUCCCGCCUUCUCUAAAAUAUUUAAGCAAUAGACCACACUUUCUAUGGGUUUACCGGCGUGAUAACCCACUUGGGAUGUUGGGAGAACACGAGAAAAGCUUGUAAAUCACGAACCGAAGGUGACUGAUUUACAGAAUGAUGAUAGAAUGAUGAUCAGAGAAAGAAUUCCCAAUGUAAACACCCUUUUUUAUCUUUCUUAGGAUGAGAAAAAUCAAGUUUUAACAAGUAACGUGUGGAUAAGACAGGUUGGUCAAGUAAACUUCGAAGCUAAUAGACAGAUGAUUAGUAAAUUACAUAGCUUUCGUCGUUUCUCUGGAACUGAUUUGGGAUAUUUAUCGAUAAAAGCUGAUCUCAGAAAUUUACCUCAAAAAUACUGAGAAUGAUUUUCUUGGAUUUAAGUGGGCUUCAUUUAAAUCAGUUUUGCAAUAAUCUAUUUAUUCCAGUCAAAUCGAAUUUUCAAAUAUUAUUGCUGAAUAAUAACCACGACUUUUCCAAAGGUUAUCUAGCCAUGGACAUAAAGCCGAAAAAGUUAUGGGUCAAACCUUGUCAUAGAUAGCUAUUAAAUGGCCAUCUGCGUGAGAGGCAAUUUUAGAGGUGGACACUUUUGCCACGCGAACUUGGUAACGGAAUUUUACGAUUCCUCUUUAACAAACUAUAUUUUCGUACCCUUCCUUUACAUCUGGGGCAAGGCGUUGUCACGGACUAGUAAUCCAUUUAAGGGGUUGGUGGGUCGCAUAAAGGCGCCUUAUACCAUCCAACCAGUUAGCGCACCGUGGCCGAAUUAUAACUCUUAACUUCUUAUUGUUAAUCAUUGCAGCAAUGGCACGAUCCGUGGUUGUCUUGGGAUCCUGCAAAGUACAAUGGACUUAAAUCCAUCAACAUCAGUCCUAAUCUGGUUUGGAAGCCCGACAUUAUUCUUUAUAACAGGUUAGGAAACGCACAUGUAUAUUGUAUAUUGUCCAAUACGCGAUGCAGACAUGCAAGGUAAGGUAAGGUAUGGCUGAGAGCUGCUCAUUCCGUGUCCAAAAGAGCAUUUUUUGGAAGUCGAAGGCAGAAGCUGGUCAUCCGGAUUCAAAGAAGCAAUUAUUUUAGUAGAAUACGAGGUAUUUUUACUGUUAAUAUUGUAUGCUUAUAUUGGCAUUUUUUUUCUUUCAAAGCGAAAACUCAUAAGAGUUGAUUUGUAACUUCUUUGCAUUGGUUAGAAGAUUAUUGUUUCGAGUUCGCGGUUAGUUUGUAACGGGUGCUCCACUAUUAGGUUCGGCUAAAUUUGUAUAUUAUUUAUUUCCCACAGCGUCAACGAGGGAGGAGAUCGCGGUGAACAGUACCUAUUCGACACCAAAGUUAUCGUCAGCAGUGAUGGAACAGCCACGUGGUUCUCUCCUAAUCUCAUCCAAAGCUCCUGCAAAAUCAAUGUCCGAUAUUUUCCUUGGGAUACACAAACUUGCAAACUCCAGUUCGGCUCGUGGGCAUUUGACGGGUUAAAACUUGACAUCGUUUUCUAUGGAGAUGCUCCAAGGGCAGAUCUAAGCUCCUUCAUUCGGAAUGGAGAAUGGAACCUACUGUCGGCUGAGGGGAAGAGAAACGUUCUUUACUAUAGUUGUUGCCCAGAACCUUACCCUGAUCUCACGUUCGAAAUCAGAAUCCAACGACGAACAUUGUUUUACAUAAACAACUUGGUUGUUCCUUGUGUUGUUUUGGCACUUCUCACAGCAACAGCGUUUCUGUUUCCGCCGGAAACGGGCGAAAGAAUCUCGCUGAUGAUCACUAUUCUAUUGGGAAUGACUGUAUUUAGGAUUGUAGUGGUGGAAGCCAUACCUUCCACAUCCGAAGUCACCCCACUUAUCAGCACUUACUUCUCUAUGGUCAUGGUGGUGAUUUCCUUGGGUCUCCUGUGCACGUGUAUCUGUCUCAACCUUGAACACCAUCACCCUAAAAUGGAGCUAACCGGUUGGUGCCGGUAUAUCCUGUUUGACCUGAUGGGACCUGUUUUGAGCAGGAGCUCGGUGAAGAGACUCAAAAGAAAACAACAGGAAUACAACAGAGAAAUUAAACUCAGCGCAUGUUAUUUGAAAGAAAACCAAGUCGCACCAGAAGAAGAUAAAAUUGCUAUGACCGACGUUUCGCAGACCGAAAUUAAGAACGUGAAAGUGGUUGGGAAAGAAAUAAAAGUCGCGGGCAUGGAUAAAGUGACCAAGUUCAUCGAUAAGUCGUUAUCUGAAGACAGAAGAAAACUGGAAUGGCACAUUGUCGUGAACAUAAUUGACAAUUUCUUUUUCGUUGUUUUUCUUCUCACUAUUACGGUUUCCUCACUGAUAAUUUUGAUGGCGAAAACCGACAGCUAA